AUGUUUUAUCGUUAUCUCCACUGUGUUGAUUUGUUUCAGAGGCGUGUUCCCCUCCCUCAACCGCUCUGGCAGCCGUUUCGCCGCAAUGCUUCGGCCAGUACAACACGCAAAGGAGCAGUCCAUGGGCCUUCGCCAUCUCAGCUGGUUCGAUUUGCACUGACUGGGAGCACGCGUCAGUUGCAGAAUGAGUCAGAAAAAGAUGGUCUUGACCAAAGCCUACAGGAGCUGUUUGUUCACGAGUGGCCUCUAAACAGUCCUCCAACCCCUUUAUGGAGCUCAUUCAGACAUGGGAAAUUUGACUCGGAACCCCGUUUUUUGCUGGAUAGCCUGAAACGAGAUAUCCAUAGCUUACAGGAUCUUCGGUUGUUUGUUGAAAGACAUGUCAACACUGUCAAUGACUGCGCAUCUAUUCAAAUACGCAGCUGUAACCAACUGCUGGAAAUCUUUGACCGUUUAGAACACCACCACUCCUACCAAGAGCUUCUUUUGACUAUCAAUGGCAUCAACGAGAGGUUUGAAAGAAUAGAAGCACCGGUAUCUUGGAAACUUUAUCUCCUGGGGAUGCGCUAUGCGUGCCGAACUUUCUCAGUCCCUGCUCUUAAACACCAUCUCAACGGCUUCCGGAGUGCAAAUUCUCAGCCUUUGGAUUUGAGAUCUAGCACUGCACUGGUCAAUACUUUAAUAACGACUCUUCAAUCUCUUCAGUCGGAGUGUCCUGAUCUUGAUACUAGGCCUAUGCUUAGUCUGAUCACCGGCGAAGGGGCCCAUUCAAACCUAUCCGAGACGGAAACAAAGCUACAUGAAAUCCUCUCCUGGCCUAAUGGCGACAGAGAGGGUAUAGAGCUCUACAUAACUCUGCUUGCAAGUCUGGGAAGCGAGGCGGCGCUGCAUGAAAUCUGGGAAGCAUUUAUCCACAGUCCAUUGACACCCGAGAAGUUCCAGCCUGCAUACUCUACUGUCCUUUCUUUAUUUGCUCGUGGCAGAACUGAGACUGCGCUGCUCUAUCUUAAACAGCUGUCAGAAUGCGCCAAUAACGCCCUGCCCGGCAUAUCGAAUUUUAGGCCUUUGGCCACAUUUUUCAGAGAUGAGAAGCUGCUUGGGAGCCUUCUUGAGCUUGCGGGGCCCGACGAAUUCAACACUAUAUUAGAGAGCCAGCUCCGGAGUCUGGAACAGAGACUUGGAAUUAAAUGGGACUCGAAAGUCUCACGCCAUAUCAGUUUGUCUGAUGCAAAGAGUCUUGCAACCGGUCAACCAUUGUUCACUAUUGAAGGUGACAGCUCUGGAUACGAGAGCCAAGAGCGAUUAUUUACAGAAAUUCGGCUUCUCGGCUGCUCCAAAUCCAAAUCAGAGCUUGGGCAGAUUAUAGACAUGCUAGACGAACACGAGGGCAGCGAGAUACCCGUGCGUAUACUCAACGAUCGUUCUCUCGCAUUUGAAUUUGCGUGGUUCCCUCGAUCCUCGCCUAUCGAAUUCUCGGAUUCUCUCCUUCCAGCCAGAUACGAUAUGUCCAGGCCAUGGUCCCCAGUCACUUUAGGAUUGAUUCGUGCAAGACCUGACGACAGCGGUUCACCCGUCAGUUACGGGAAUUCACUACAUCUGAUACAACUCGGAUAUCUGAAUAUGCGUCCGAUUCUAGAUUCUGUCGACGAGGCCCAAUCUAAGACUAUGUACUCUUGGAAGGAAACUGGACAUCUCGUUGCCUGGGAUCGCACUGCUGGAAAAUUCCUGGCUGUCUUUGUCGGAAAAGGGCACGGCGUGAUUGAACCUGGUCUACAGGUGACACCCCAGCAACCUCCAGCUGGGCUUUAUUCAUUGGAGGAAGUGGAAGUUGUCGACAACUCAGGUGACUUUUGGUCUGUUUCACCCAAGUCUCCUAUCAAAAGUAGCAGUGCGAAUUAUCAUUUCGAUCUCGAUCCCGCAACCGACCUACUUGCCUAA